AUGAAUUAAGAUAAAGAAUGGAGUAUAGAUAGUUGGAAAAAGUAUUAAGCCUUAUAAUUACCAUUAUACUCAGAUGCUCAAUUAUAGUAAUGAUAUAUUUGAAAUUAGUUAAGAUACUCUUUAAAAAAUAAAAAAUCUUCCAGGAAUCUUAAAUUUUGAAGAGAUAAAUACUUUCAAGAAUUAAAUGAUUCGAGUUAGUAAAGGUGAGAAAUUUGUUCUUUAAUUGGGUGAUUGUGCAGAAGUAUUUGAUGAAUGUACUGAAAAACAUUGGAAAGAGAAAUUUAGUUUUUAUGAUGUAUAAAAACAAAGUUAUUUUAGCGUAUGGGUUAAAUUUUAGAUGCAAUAGUAAUUGGUAGGAUUUGUGGAUAAUUUGCAAAACCACGAUCAUAAUUAUUAGAAAAGGAUGGUACAUUAAAUUAUAGGGGAGAUUUAAUUAAUUCAUUAAGUAGAGAUGAAAGAGAUCCUGAUCCUUCACGCUUAUUAUUGGGAGCACAUUAUGCUAAAAAAGGUUUAGAGACACUAAAAUAAUAUGAAGGUUCAUAAAUAUGGGUUUCACAUGAAUGUUUACAUCUUGGAUAUGAAUCAGCAUUUGUGAAAUAAAAUUAAGAUAAGUAAUAUUAUUUAUCUAAUACUCAUUUUCCUUGGAUAGGAGAUAGAACUAGAUUACAUGAUCAUGCACAUUCAAAUUUUAUUAAAGGACUAUACAAUCCUGUUGGAAUUAAAGUAUUUCUUAUAAUAUAUUUAGAUUGGAUAAACAAUUAAUAAGAUAGAAUUUAUUAAUGUAUUUAAGUUAAUUAAUCCAAAAAAUGAAGAUGGAAGAGCAUUUGCUAUUAUUAGAUUAGGGAAAAAUAAGUUAGAUAAAUUAAAAGACAUUAUUUAAUGGAAAUAAGAAGAAAAAUUAAAUAUUUCAUUUUUUUUAGAUCCUAUGCAUGGUAAUAAUUAGGAUAAAAGUGGUCGAAAGAUAAGAAAAAUAGAAGAUAUUAUGUAUGAAAUCUAAUAAUUCUUUACAAUUCUUGAAUAAUAGAAUGAAACACCUGCAGGAUUACAUUUAGAAUGUACACCUUAUGAUGUAACUGAAUGUAUAGAAAAUGAUGAAGAUAUCAAUCCUAAAAAAUAUACUACUGCUUGUGAUCCUAGAUUAAAUUUCAGAUAAACUAGAAAAAUUAUAAUAUUUGUUAAUACUCUUCUAAAAAAAUUAAGAAAUAAAUAAUGA